AUGGUUAACUCUGCCAUCUUCCCCGCUGUGGCGCUCGUCCCGCUGGCUGCUGCCGCUCUGUACCCUGGAGUCACGACCGACAACCACGUAUGCGUUUUGAGCGAGCCUGCUCUCUCUUGCUCCGCAGAUGCCGUCCCGGGCAAAGUCGACACUUGCUGCUCCGAGACCUUCGGAGGCUUGGUGCUUCAAACCCAAUUCUGGGACGUUUACACAGGAUUAGAGAGCCAGGGCCAGAUCCUCCCCCAAAAGUCGUGGACCGUUCACGGUCUGUGGCCUGACUUUUGCAAUGGCUCCUAUACCCAGUACUGCGAUCUGAACCGUCAAUAUGACCCGAAGCCUUCGCCCAACACCACUACCGGUACUCCGAGCGGCACUCCCGUUCCGCCUUACAAGGGCGAGGCCAUUGACAAGUGGUUUGCGCCGUACGGCAAAUCCGACCUCCUUGCUUGGAUGAACAAGUACUGGAUUAGCCAGGGCGACUCAAACUGGGUCCUCUGGGCGCAUGAGUACUCCAAGCACGCCACCUGCUUCUCUACCUUCCAGACCGAAUGCUUCGGCCCCAAAGCCAACAAGUACGACGAUCUGUUUGAAUAUUUCGAGACUGUCAUCGACUACUACAAGGACCUGCCCACCUGGCACUGGCUCGCCAACGCCGGCAUCAAGCCUUCCAACACGACCGGAUAUAGCCUCUCCAACCUACAGGCCGCUCUCAAGACAGGCUACGGCAAGGUCCCCUACCUGGGCUGCGGCGGCCCCAAGUACAAUGAGACGGCGGCCGGCAAGGGCUCCACCGACAAUGGCCGCACGCAGUUCCAGGAGGUCUGGUACUACAACCAUGUCGUCGGUCGUGUCCAGAACAAGGACGUUGUCCGCGUCGACGCCGACGUUGUUGGCGGCAGCCUCGGCAACUGCGCCAAGGCUGAGAAUGCCAUCUGGUACUACAAGCGUGCCAAGGGCAGCGAGACGACCGCUUGCCAGAACAACUAG